CAUCAACAAACAUUGCACCGCAUAUGCAGAUUAACGCAUAGUUCCGAGACCAUCGCUAUUUUCCCUGUCGACAGAACUUGUACAGCAGCGCACACCUUUUGUCCCUCUUCUCUCAACCCGCCUCAUCACACCAAGCUGCGGCGAGCAUGGAGGGCCAACGGGACCUGGUCUUCUGCCACGAAUGCGAGAAUGAAUGGUUCCGACAUCAAGGUGGUUUGACAUGUCCGGACUGUCAUUCGGACUUUACAGAAAUCAUCGAGCCACAGCAUGACCCGAGACACGUCGAGCCCGAGGAGCCAGAAGCGCAUCCGUUCAACAACCACAACCCAUGGGCCCACACUCCCUUAGACGCCCCCGACCCUGAUGAGAGCGAUCUCCCUAGAGACAUUCCCGGCUACCAAAUGCGUUCAAAUACAAACCCCAACGGCGGCAUUUCCAUGAGCUUCAGCCGUACCUUUACGUCAAGCACUAAUUCUCGUGGCCCUGCCUCUCCUCCACCGCACACUCACAACCACGCUCAAGGCCCAGAUGCGCUCCUCCAAAUGUUGAGUCAAAUCAUCGGCGGAGGUGCACGCCAACCGCACCAGACGACUCGCGAUGCUGCACCACAAUCGCCCGACGGUGAACCGAAUGUACGCGUCUUCACUGGUGGCGGUCCCAACUUUCAAUACACGGCUACUGCCCGCCUCUCUCCUCGCAACGCCAAUGCUCCACAAGCCAAUCUGCCAAACAUCGACAACCUGCCGAACCUACUCGAUCUGUUUCAAGCUCCUCCGCGAGGUGCCGGCCCAGACCCUGCCUUCCCUCCCAUCGGUUUCGGUAUCGGCAACAUUUUGAAUAACCUCUUCAAUCCCGCCAACAUGCAACACGGAGAUGCUGUCUACAGUCAAGAGGCCCUAGAUCGGAUAGUUUCCCAGCUCAUGGAGCAGCAACAGUCCAACGCGCCUGGGCCAGCAUCAACCGAAGCCAUCGCCGCACUACCAACAAGGGAAAUCUCAAAGGAAGACAUGGAUGACACUGGCAAGGCUGCGUGCUCAAUCUGCAUGGACGAAGCUCUUAUUGGGUCUCAAGUCACAUAUCUGCCAUGCAGCCAUUGGUUCCAUGGUGACUGCGUCAAAGCAUGGUUGGCUGAGCAUGAUACAUGUCCGCACUGCAGACAAGGCAUUACGCCAGGAGCGCGUGGUACCAGAGAUGACCCUAUCGAUGUUCCCGAGAGUCCAGAUCGGCCGGCCAACACCACCACCGCGUGGGCUCGGAUGAGAGAUGCUUUUGGUGGCGGUACCUAGCGGGGACGCUCCUUGAGGAGACGGCUUCGUAAUACAGAUGUUCACCGGCGAUUGUUACGUAGUGUACGCAUUGUAUGCGACGUACAGAGGAUAGGCAGGGUGCGCAGGGUACGCAGUGCGCGCUCGAUUACUUCUCGUAAGAAGAGAUGAUCUUCUACUAUUCCUAAUUCAUGAUUGUGCCCUUUCAC